UUUUAUUUAUAAAAAAUUGAACUAACUCUGAACUGUUCUUCUUUGGAACAUUCAAAGCAGAUCCGACAUUUGGGCAAACUCCUUGGAAAAGGAAGCUCAACACAUUCAAUAUCUUGGACAAACACAAACACAAAAUUCCACACAAGUGGUGUAGAUCUAAAAUCAAAUUAGCACUGCCUUUCUUUUGCAUGCAUGUUAAUUGAAGAAAUAAAUAUUUUAAUCGGUGAAAAGAUCGAUUGAAAAAGAUGAGCAAGAAGCACGUGGUGAAAUUGGACGAAGAACAGAUCGCAGAGUUGCGAGAGAUAUUCCGUACCUUCGAUCGGAACAACGACGGGAGUCUCACGCAGUUGGAGCUGAGUUCGCUUCUCCGAUCGUUAGGUCUGAAGCCAAGUGCAGACCAAUUGGAGGUGUUUAUCCAGAGAGCGGACACGAACAACAACGGCCUCGUGGAGUUCUCCGAGUUCGUAGCGCUGGUGGCGCCGGAGCUGCUUCCGGCGAAAUCGCCCUACACGGAGGAGCAGCUGCGGCAGCUGUUCCGAAUGUUCGACCGGGAUGGGAACGGCUUCAUCACGGCGGCGGAGCUGGCUCACUCCAUGGCGAAGCUGGGCCACGCUCUCACGGCGGAGGAGCUGACCGGGAUGAUCAGAGAGGCUGACACCGACGGCGAUGGGAUGAUCAGCUUUCAGGAGUUCUCUCACGCUAUUACUUCUGCCGCUUUUGAUAAUUCCUGGCCUUGACAAUUUUCUCUCUAGACCUUUAAUAAAGAGGAGACACCAUGUACAUAUAGCUAAGGAAGGCUGCCAAGAAGGACAACCAAGGAAUCACAAAAGGAAGCCAAAUGGCGCCCCAACACCCUUCUCUAGGGCACCCCAGCGCCAGAUUGCGCCCUAGCGCCCCUCUCCAGGGUGCCCCAGCACCAAACAUUGCAGAAUCUUCUUCUUCACUUGGAUUGCUGACCUGACAUGUUGUACCUUGCGUCCCAAGUCUCUCCAACUGCAUACUUCCUCAACAAGCUUCUUUUACACUUAGAGUAGCUUGCUUAGCACGUUUUUUAGUCACUCCUUCAUCUAUAAAAGGAGGACUCUUCUCUUUGUAAAACUUUAACUUUAACACUUAAUGAAAUGCUGUUGAGAUUUCUCCAUAAUCAUUUUACAGAGUUCAAACACUUGUGCCUCUUCUGCAUCCUCUCCUCUAGCUUCCUUCCCUCUUGGAAGGCUUUCGGAGCUUGAGAAUCCUUGCUUCUUCCACACACCUUCAUUGAAGCCUUCAUCAAACACCUUUCGUGCUUCAUGU